AUGAGAGGUGGUUGGUUGCGGCGAAGCCAGGCGCGUGGCUGAGGUCAGCAGAGCUCUGGGUGGGUGACACCAAGCGGGUGGCUUGGGACUGGCAAUGCCUGUGCACCGAGCUAGUUCCAAUCUAAUUUAACACAAUGUCACAACAACGAGUCCUGCCCCAGAGUAAAGAAACCCUCCUACAGUCCUACAACAAGAGGCUGAAAGAUGACAUCAAGUCAAUCAUGGAUAACUUCACAGAGAUCAUCAAGACUGCUAAGAUUGAAGAUGAAACCCAAGUCUCUCGAGCGACCCAGAGUGAGCAGGACAACUACGAGAUGCACGUCAGAGCUGCCAACAUUGUCCGAGCUGGUGAGUCCCUUAUGAAGCUUGUGUCCGAUCUGAAGCAGUUCUUGAUCCUCAAUGACUUCCCCUCCGUGAACGAAGCCAUUAACCAGCGUAACCAGCAGCUGCGGAGCGUGCAGGAAGAAUGUGACAAGAAGCUGAUCUCGCUGAGGGAUGAGAUUUCUGUUGACCUGUACGAACUAGAAGAAGAAUAUUACUCUUCCAGGUACAAAUAGGGCCAUGGACUCCCACGUACUAACAGGCCUCCUCUUGUCUCUAGCACUUUCUGAGAAAUAGGAUAGGAGAGCAGAUGGUCCUUAAGACACAAACCUAAAUGGAUAUUUCCCCUUAAAAUUCACACCUGUGUUUUUAAUUAGAUCAAAGUUGUCUUCUACAACCUAAAACAAGCCAUCGAGAUGCUAAGCAGUCAGGCUGGUGUGAGGAAGAGCCUUUUCCUGUGCCAGUUCUUUCACAAGUGUCCUAAGCCUAUUCCUUAUAGCUCACCACCACCAACUGUGUGGAAUCUAUUUAAAAUGAACUCAAGGGACAUCAUCAAGUAGCUUAGAAUCAGCAUUUUUCUAUCUCUAUCAGGGUGAGAGGGUUGGUGGGUUUUUGUUGUAAAACCUACCUCUAAUGUAUCUUUUGUGAAAUCUUUUUAAAGACUUUCAAUAGAACAGAGGUUCUGGUGAAUACAUACUUUUUUCUCUCCUAAUAUGGUUGCAACCCCCAAUGUGGCUAGUUAAUGAGCUCCAGUAAAUGAAAGUUUCCAGAAUCAGAUCUGAAAGGGUCUAGUUCGGUUGCACUGUCCAAGGUCGGUGAAGUGCAACAAGUUAAUCAACAGCAUAAAUGGUGAAAAGCAAACUAGCUCUUUAAACUUCUUUCAGUUUUAAUAAGCUUUGAUAAGCUGAUUUUUAUUUUAGAGAAUUAAAAAAAAAAAUGGUUUAGUGGUAGUUACAGAUGCUCGAGUCAACUGCAACUUUGAAAAUCAGGCCAUAAUUUACUGGUAAUGCAGGUAUUUUAGAAAUAAAUGUUAGCCCAACAAUGUCUCUUUAAAAUUGAUGUAUUAUUUUAAGAAAACUUACCUUUCAUAGCUGGGAAAAAGAGAGCAACAAUUUAUAAAAAGAUGUCUUAGGACAGUGAGAGGCCCAGUAAAUAUUUUGGAGAUGAGUGGAAAGGGAAUUGAGUAGGGUUACACAAUGCUGACUGAUCUAAGGAAAACUUCAGGUCUUAACUGGCUCAGGACUUUAUUAUUUCAUAAAUUGAUAGACAACAUCCACUGCUGUGGUGGUCGAACAGGGGUGUGUGAGGUUAUGGUGACCGAAAUGUGAGCCUGUGGUGUGUGUAUGUGACGUUGUAACCAGACGCUCUGGCAUGUACACAAGUAAUUCUAAAAUGGUUCUUUUAAUCUUUGGACCAAUGGGUUCUGACCAUGCUGGUGUGGUCUCUUAUCUGCCUAGCGCUGAAACUGCAUUGAGCCAUCAUUCUUAGCAGAAUGUCUACUACUGUCUAAGAAGGAGCGGAGGGGGUUGUCCCCUCAUUACACCAGAUCAAUCCAGUCUUAUUCUGUUUCUAAUAUGAAGUGCUCAUGUGGUGAGAAAUCUUGCCUUGAGUAUAGAGCUAUGGUCUCUUUAAUGACACUUCAUGUCCUGUAGCUGCACCUAAUUUCCUUCUCCUUCAUGUGCCAUCGGCUACAGAUUUAACGAAUCUUUAUUUCUGCACCAAAGAAACAUGAGUGUUUAAAUAGACACAAGUGGCUUAUUCAAAGUAAUUUUAUAGAACCAUAAGGAUUUUUUUAACAGAAUUUUACUGUCUGAUGUAGAGAAAGGUGUUUCUAUUUUGUAUUAAACUACACGUGGCUGUAGGAUGCUAAUUGUGUUUAAAUGGCUGUAAAUGCAAGACUCAGUGUGUACCUGGAGAGGGUGACAUGAAACUGAUUCUGAGAGCUCAGCUGGGGGUCAGUAGCUGUCAACUCCUUGUACUGCCUAGGAUCAGGCAUAUCAUUUUGUUCUAUAGUGCCCUGAUCCUGCUCUCACUUAAACUGAUGGGAGCUUUGCAGUUGACUUCAGUGGGAACAGGACAGUAGGAUUCCACACAACCACUGUUCCAAAUUGCUCUCCCAAUCUCUGGUUUCCGUUGGUGGUUUUUCACCAUCCAGAAUAGUUAGAGCUUUAGAGUUUAACACCUGAAACAUUGUUUCCUGACAUCCCUUUGGGUGAAGCUGCAGAGCAUUGUGUCCUCUGCACCCAGUCUGUUAGCCUCCAGCUGGUUCCUGUGUAUUGCUAGGGCCCACAAGUCCUUGUGCAGACAAAACUUCUGUUGACUUCACUGCUUGUCUGUGAGAGGACUAUAGACUUAGACUCUGUGCUUUUGGGUAGGUGUCACCUGGAAAGGCAUAUUCUCACUCCUAUCACAGUACCAGGGGUUUAGAAGAUGCUCUUGCCCCAUAUACUGGUAAAUAUUGCAUGUCUGUAGGGUUUUUGCUAGUAAAUACUGAUUUCAUGAGGAAAUUUGCAAGCCAAGAAUCCUGCAAAGCAACUUGUGCUUUUGUGUUCUAGGCAGGUGCCUUCCCAUGCAGUCCCAAUAGUGUGGCUCCGGGGGGAGGGGGGAUUUAAUCCUGAGCAUCAGCCUCCCAGCAUUUCCUUUGGGGUCACAUCCAGCAAAGCCUCAGGGUCCUCUCCACUGUGAGAUUGGAUGGUGCCUUGCAGAGCCCCAUAACAACUGUGAACUUGAGGUUACUGGCUGUAGAGCUGUAGUGUAAAUUUUGAGGUCUAUAAUAACUUUUGGGGGGAGUCGGGGGUUGAGGGAGGAGAACGAGAGAUGCCCACUUCCUUUCCAGAGCUGCAUUCCACCUGGAUUCUAGGUUGAAGAGUUCUUAGUAGUCCUCCUAUGUGAAGUCUGCUGGACACCAGACCCUAGUACUCUGGGAUCCAGUCAUGAGGGGCUGAGAUCCAGGAGAAAUGGUUGGUGGAUUCAGGACUAAUUAGGCCCCAGUCCUUCUUGCAUACCUCAGUGGCAGCCUUGUUUUGCGUAGACACUGAAGGAUGGAAUGAAAAGCCUUCAUACCUCAAUGAAGGGACCUCACUUGGUGAUGGUGCAAAAGCCCCAGAUAGUAAACACCCUUCCCUUCUCUCUAGCAAACCUAGCCGGGCGAGUGCGGGAAAAGAGAUGAUUUGACUUGGCAUUGGGUGAAUUCUCUGGAACUGCCAAAAACCAAGUGCUUUAAAUCAGUAACCUCCUUGUGUGCUUAUUCCCCAAAGCUGUAGCCCCGUGCUCUCCAGCUUGCCUUAUCCUGCCACCUGUGGCCAGAGCUCAGAAUUCCUGGUUCACACUCCGGUCUCUCUGAGAGCACGGCUUGGUUACUGGAGGGUGGGUUUGGAGUUCAACCCGCUAGACACGUCUCUUCAGUUCAAAGUGUUUAGUCUCUUUUUAUAUAUAUUUUACUUUUAAAAUAUUUCCCAUAAAUCUAUUUGAGUCUAUUAAUGGUAAAUAAAACAGAAACAAGAAAAUCA